CGCCACUGUUAACAUCUUUCAACCCAAUCAAUUCCCUGUGGUACUGUCAUUCUACAUUCAUUCAUACAUUGCCUUUCUGUCUGCUGUAAAUAAUGUCAUCCUCCGAAACCUCCUCUUAUCUCGCCGGUGGUCCUGCCCCCGCUACCCCGGAUAGUCUCUGGCAAUGGCUAUCAUCAGCUGGCACCGAGAGACCGGAUGCAGAAGCAUUAGCUGCACUGCACCAGCCGGCAAACCACCUAUCCAACCUCGCCAAAACCAAGACCGCAUCUAGAGAUCACUUUAGCUGGACCUUCCGCCAACUGAUUGAAGUAGCGGAAUCAGUUGCUGCCGGUUUUUUAGAUGCAGGCGUGCGGCCCGGUGAUGUGGUCGCGCUGUUUAUACCCAAUUCUGCGGAAUGGGGUGUAUUUUUAUGGGCGUGUUUUCGUAUAGGUGCUGUUUUCGCGCCAAUUUAUCCGACUGCUCUUGGACGAGCGGAGGAAUUGGAGUAUUUGGUUGGGGCGCUUGAUCCGAAAGUUAUCGUGGUUAACGAUGAGACGGCUGCCAGAGCGUAUGAUCAGCAUUGCUCGAGGGAAAUUAUGCUGCAGCUUGUUUGCGACGGUGGGACUCUUCCGGGCUGGCUGUCUCUAUCUCACCUAAUCCCUCCGACCAAUAUCACGCUUCCACCGGCCAAGAGCGAUCCCAACGCGGUGGCUUACAUCCUUUUUACAAGCGGAACGACCAGUUUCCCUAAAGGCUGCCCAUUAACAGUCCAGAACAUCAGCGCAGAAAUUACCGGCUACCAUUCCUUUUACGGCAGCCAAUGGAACCCCACAGCGCGGUUCCUAGUCACGAGCAUGUGUUUCGGCCCGAUAUGCUAUCUCGGCUGCCUCAACUCAUGGAGAGGAGGCGGCUGCAUCGUCAUUCCCAGCAGAUAUUUCAGUGAUGAUGUUGCUCUUCGAGCUGUCGUUUCGCAGCGGAUUACCAAUAUGAUGUUGGUUCCUAGUCAAGUGCGGUCGUUGUCGAGUAGUUCGACGCUGACCACGCAUCGUCCUUCAACAUUGCGGUUUGUGACUUGCUCUGGGGAUACGUGUCCCGCGGAUGUAAUCGAGCACGGACAAAGGAGUUUACAGACUAGGCGAUUGGUGUUUCAUUGGGGUAUGUCGGAGGGCGCGCCGCUGUUUGGGUGGUUGGGCGAGGAACCGAUUCCGGUUACCGGCCAGGGAAAUAUUCCCGGUCUGGGGCGCGCAUUGCCAGGCACGACCGUCCGGAUUUGCGAAAGCGGUAAUGACAAUAACAUCGUGGCCCGUGGUGUCGUUGGUGAGUUGGAGGUCGAUUCAACCAGUCUUGUGAAUCGGUAUCUGAGCAAGGAACACACGAGCAAGGCAUUUUUGGAAGAUGAAUCUGGAAGGCGAUGGUUCAGAACCGGUGAUCUUGCGUAUAUGGAUGACUCUGGGGUGAUUUUCAUCGUCGGAAGAAGCAAGGAUAUAAUCAAGUGUAAAGGGGUCGGGAUUGUGCCGUCGAUCGUGGAGGAUUGUCUUGAGAAGGCUUUUCAAGAUGAGGUUCAAGUCGUGGGAAUACCAGACCCAAGCUAUGGCGCCAAAGCCAUUGCCGUGAUGAAAGGAACCACCACAGAGCAGCCGCCCGACAUUCGACAAAAAGUGAAGCAGCAAAUCAUUCAGACGCUCGGACCGGAGUACACGUUAGGAGGGGUUGCGUUCUUUUCGGACUUGAGCUGGUCAGACUGGCCGAAGAAUUCGAGCCACAAAAUCAUCAAGAAGGAUAUUGUUGAUGCUGUUCUGCAGAGACAGACAGUGUUAGGAUAG